AUGUCCCUGAAUAGGAAAUACGCGGCGUUGCCCGACCUUGACUCUGCGCCAGACAUCUACGAGACACCAGAGCUCACAGACGACACUUCCACAGUCCCUACAACACUACGGUCCUCCUCAGAUAACGAAUUCGAUGAUGACGAGGCGGACGGCCCCGGGAUCUCGCGGUCCAAACUGCGCAUAGACCAAGCCCGGUCACGGUUCAUGCCCUCUCAAGUGGACGCGAAAGAGGUAGACUUCUCAGACCGCGUCAAUGGAAAGAGAAAGUCCUACAAGGCCUCCAGUCGCCGGCACAGAAUACUAGAGGACGGUGCUGAGGAAUUGGGAGAUCUGAGCGACGAAGACGAGGGCGAGAGCUUGGCUCGGAAAUUGGCGAGGCUGAAGCGCGAGAUCGAGGAGGCCAAGGAGGAAUAUGGCAGACAGAAGUCGCAGAACGACGCAGCUGGCACGAAACCUGAGGAUGGAGAGGGCAGCCAGGAAGAGGAGUUGGCGUCUCUCAGCCAAGUAUUGGACGAGAUUUCGAGGCACCCAGAGGAUCUGGCGCAAGGUCCCGGUUUUCGACCCGUAAGACUUGGCCCAUUGCCUGCCCGGGAGCCCAAGCAAGACGAUAUUCAGGGUGAGCCUGCGGGUGGAGAUUCAGCCACCUACACCGUCACAUACGCGCCGACUUACGAGCAGACGCACGCACUCGCUAAGGCUGCAGACUUUGAUGGACGCCUUGCGCUUCUAGAGAAAGCCAUUGGCAUCGGGUCCUCAGCCCUCCCAGAGCUGGACUCGAGCGGCUUACCGAGGGCAAUUGUGCCGACACUAGAAAAACUACAGAAGCAGGUCUCCACACUGUCGGAGGCGUCGUCAUCUUCACUAGAUACUAUUAGUCGCAAGGUACGACAGUUGACGCAGGAGGCCGAGCAGCUUGAGAAGUCCCGGAAGCAGGCAAAGCAGGCCAAAGAGGCGCUCGCUUCGACCGGCACUGGCUCAUCAUCCCCAAGCACCCCGGACUCGGAGGACUCUGAGCAGACGACCAAGAUCAACGCCCUCUACAGCACGCUGCCGACCAUCGAGAGCCUGACGCCCCUCCUGCCGCCUUUACUGGAUCGGCUGAGGUCGCUGAGGGAAAUCCACGCCGAUGCGGCCACGGCAGGCGAGACACUGGAGCGCAUCGAAAAGAGGCAGGCGGACAUGGCUUCUGAUAUCAAGCAGUGGAGAGGGGGCCUGGAGAAGAUCGAGACGGCCAUGUCAGAGGGCGAGUCGUCUAUGGGAAACAACAUGAAGGUUGUCGAUGGCUGGGUGAAGGACCUGGAGGCAAAGAUGGCGAAGUUAUCAUGA